AUGCCGGCCUUGAACAACAGGAGAUGGAAGAACGUCCUUACCACGCCGACGAAGAAUUCCUCCAAUACCAUGGGUCCUCCGACCACCCCACAAAUCCGAGGCAGCGCUGUAGCUGUGAAUCUGACACCCGGCUCUGGAACUACCGGUGAACAGGUCCGUCCAAUGACUAGCGCGACGCCGGCUGCGAGUCCUCAGAAUGGUUCACUGGCUAGCAGAACCCCAAGUGCCCCUCCUUCAGCAUAUACUCCAUCGUUAGGGUCACAGCAGCAACUCUUCAUAACUUGGUUUACGAAGAAUGUCACUGCUGGCGCUAGAAGCCGACAAGGAUCUGGCAGUGCAUCUGGGAUGGAUUUUGCACUCCUCAGCGAUGAUCUGGCGGUACGGGAUUCUGCAUUACAGAACGUCUAUGUUGGUUACUUUGAAAAAGGCGUCGACAUCCAUCGAAAGUUUAACGAAGAAUUGCAACGGCAUCUCCGGGCCCAACAGCAGCAAAAGGCGGCACAUAUGGCGACACAGGCAGGCGCUCCGUUUACUACGCAGGCGAAUGCACACAGUGGCGCCGCUCCUACCAUUCCAAACACCCCAGUUAUCCUCCAGAAUGGGAGCACACAGAAUGGCAAUCUUCGACACUGGAUUCCUUCAAUCACAGAGCCCACCAAAGAACCGAGCGUCCCCCCUCCACGGCGCUCACCUAGGCUUCAGGCCACUCAGCUCGCGAAUACAUCAGGCAAUCUACCCAAUGCGGGUCAACUGCGUAACCCGACGCAGCAACCACCUGAACUUCUCUCGCUAGAGGCCAUGCAGGCCCUCAACUAUAUCAACGCCAUGAGACAGACACCGAACAUGGCCAACGGUUUCACGCCCCUGCCACAGAAGCCAAUGCCUAACAAUGUCUGGAACUCGCCCGCCAAUCCCAUGAAUCUGUUUCAAGGAAACAUGCCCAUGUUCCCGCAACCGGCUCAGAACGGAGCAUUCCAGUCUCCGCAACCGGCUCAAAACGGAGCAUUCCAGCAGCUUCAGAACCAAGGCUACCAAUACAUCAAUGACGGUCUGGAGAUCACGGGCGUGACUCAGAAUGGAAUGAAGAGGAAGAACGUGACGACUGAUGAUCACGAUGAGCCGCCGAGGAAGAGGAUUGCUGGUCCUGACAACCCGGCUCAGCAGCCAUAG